CCAAACUGGAAGGAUGUUGGCGCACGCGAUUUAGGCGGCACGCUCCGGGUACACGCGGCUGGCGGUAAACGUACGGGCUCUUUUCUGCUGAGGGGCAGUCAUGUUUCUCCAGUAUUACCUCAACGAGCAGGGCGAUCGCGUCUAUACGCUGAAGAAAUUUGACCCUAUGGGACAACAGACUUGCUCGGCACACCCUGCACGGUUCUCCCCAGAUGACAAAUACUCAAGACAUCGAAUCACCAUCAAGAGGCGCUUCAAGGUGCUCAUGACCCAGCAACCGCGUCCUGUCCUCUGAGGGCUCGUUAAUCUCUUGUGCUGCUCAUGCCUCGACCGAUUAUCAGCAACCAAACGCGUCAGUCUGUAAGCCCUGAAGCCUUUCCUGCUGUUUGGAAUCCUGUCUCACGCACUACAUGAAUGAGUCUAUACUGAUGGGCCUCGUCCGUAAAAGGAACAAUCUUUUUCUUUUUUUCAUUUUUUGACUUACUGCCAAGUUAUUAAAGAUACAGUGACUUGAAAAUUCAUUUUGUGUGUUGUUAGAGGAAAAGAUGGGGGAAGGGCAGUAUCGUUGGUAGUACAAGGCCACUUGAGAACAUUCUUAAGCCCCGCAUUGUUGCAAUAGAACUGGACCAUCAACCAUAGGGUAUUGGGGAAAAAAGGCUGGGAAUGACUCCUACAAAGGUCAGCAUUCGCUGGAAAAACGAAUUUAGUAUUUUACCGACAUAUGUCUAUGCAUAUGUAUGCUAGUAACCACCAAGGCCAGAAGAGGGAGUCAGAUCCCUAGUGACUAGAGAGUGAUGGCCAGCCUUUCUGUGGCUUCUGGGGAUAGACACAGGUCCUCUGAGAGAGCCCCCCUCUCUCCAGCCCUACCACUACAUUUUGAGUUCUGAGAUAACAAGUGUGCCCAACCCUGGAUAUUUUCUUUUUCUCUUUUUAGACAGAGUGUCUCCGUAGAGCUGGCUGCCCUGGGUCUCAGGUCUAACUGCCUCUGCCUUUGAGUAGUAUCUUAAAGGUAUGAGCCUGCCCUUGGGAGUUUCUUAACCAAGUCAGUGAAGUCUGUCUGGUAGGAGGUGUGCCUUCUUGUGUUCUUUUUUCAGUGUUGGGUACAAUUCUGUCCUUCACUUGCAAAAAUAAAUAAAACAUGAGCCUUGUUAGCA